CCCGGCUCAAGAGCCAUCAGCAAAGGAUUCCUCCGACGCCCCUAUGGAGAAAAAAAACAAUCACCUAGAUAACCUGUUCAACGGUUUUGGUGAGGGGACAAGGCGAGAGUUGCGGGCCGACUUUCGUCUUGGAGAACAGAUUGCCAAGAUGUCUCAAGAAUUGGAGAACAAGUCAUCACCAGCUUCAGCGAGCAGCUUUAAAGUCCCCCAAGUCACAAUCGCCGAACAAAAUGUCUUUGGAAGCUCUAGCCUGAAACCGAGACCUGCUCAGAGGCUUGACCCUCGUCUUCCUACUCCAGAUGAGAGGGAUCAGUAUUCGCUAUCCAUGCCCUCUUCGAAAGUCGCAAGUCCGGAAGUCACAUAUCCUGAUAUAGCAGCUCGCGCAGAGAAGACUCAUCUCGCAAGCCCAGCUAGAAGCGAAGACGAAAUGAGUUGGCGGGUAGAUACGCCUCCAGUGGUCAAAUCCAUUGACCCGCACGGCCAGAGACUACAUCAAUACUUGGACUCCAUGGAUGCAGCCCAUCCCGAGUCUCCCGAAGCGAAUGCCGUAGAUGAAGGAGUCAACGAGGAUGGCCAGUCGGAUAUAUGGCAAGAGGAAGCAAGCCGCUCGUCUGAUCUACCGACAUUGCCAAAGGCACGAACGGUCACGCACAAGGAACCAAACUUCCAGGAUCAGCUUUUUGCUGAUGAAAAUGCCCUCCCGCCUGCCCGUGGAAAAAUACCAAAGACCUGGCGUAGAAAGAGCUCGAGCGACUUUCAUUACAGCGACGAAAUGGAAGUCGAAAUGGAAGAGAUUACUGCCCCUCGGGUGUCGCAUGCUGACCAGACAUCCUCUACGCGAUCGAGCAAGGGCAAAGAAAGGGCACAGGAGUUCUUGCCCAUUGUAGAGUAUGACGAGCAAGAAGAGGGCGAGAGCAGCGACGACACAGGAAUGUUCUGGGAGAACAAUCUCCCUGCCGUCUACAACAAAACGACAUCGCUAGAGGAACAGACUAGCAAAUUGGAUCUCACCAUGCUUCUUGGUGGCGACAGCAGCCCUGCAAAAGAAAGCUCAGUCUUGACUCCCGACCGUAACUCUCCUGCUCAAAAGGUCCCACCGAGAAUCGCACAGCUCCAAGCCGCGCCUUAUAAAGGUAGCCCACUAAAGCAACAACUCAGAUCAGAGGAUCUGGAAUCAGAGAGAGGUCUUCGAAGUAGCCUAGCAAGCUCUCGAAAUACACGGAGCUCUAUUGGUGUGGACGGAAAGAGUAGCACACUAUCCGAUAUUCGUCAGUUGAGAGCGGAGACGGAGGCACGAUCGUAUGAGCCACACAGCCGUACUCUCCAUGAGAUCAAGGAAGUUACCGAACACUCGCAACGAUUUGCGCCGAGCGUAUCCUUUUUACCGUCUUCGCCGCCUGAGGUCUUGAAUGACGGAGGCUCCAAACGAAGCGUCCUAAGCCCAAAGCGCGCGUACUCACCGCUUUUCGAUGGUUCAAACACUCAAUCUCCUCGAAAAAGGGUUGCUAAAACUACGGUUCUAGAACCGAGAGUAUCUAGGACUGCUCCCUCGGCAUCAAGUUCAACCGGUCCCUCGAUCGCAAAAACCGGACUCUUCUCCCGCCUGACUACUACUUUGUGGACCGCUGUAACCCCGGCUGCUUCCCCACCCUCACAUCCGAUGAUUCUUAGAUUCUCCCCUCUUCCCCGGGUUCAGCCAUGGACAAGAACGCAUUACAAGACUCUUGAUAUUCUCUUCCAAAUUCACAAACGCAAGCCAACAUCUUUCGCCCCCGCCUCUCCUUCUAGCAUCAACAACGCACUCUUGGAGACCAUACCGGACCGGAAGAAGUUCUUAGGCGCGGUGUACUCGAACUGGGGAUACGAUGUUACAAUGACGGAGCAGUACUUAGUGUUGGCAGCCGCCUUCUGUCAAUUGUUGACGUUGUCGGAUAUUAAGGAGUACGAGCGGACGACAGGGAAAGAAAUCGACCGAGGUGAUGUGGACCCGGGGCCAGACGGCGAGGUGAUUGGGUUCGAGGCAGUUGUGAGGAGGCUAUUCAGUGUAAUUUCUGGAGAGGAUGUCAGGAGAGAUGAGAAGCUGGGCAAGGUCAUUCGUCGGGACGUUGGGUUUUCUGUGACGUGGGGUCAUUGAGUGCGGUUUCAUGGCGUAUGUGAGAGUGUAUCAGGUCUGGGAUGAGUUUCAUGAUGUGAUGAUUCUGCGUGGAGGGAGCUAUGUGUUUUGGUGUUAGGUCUGGUGUUGGAAUGGCUUUACGAAUGAUACCAAUUUGUACUUUUUUCGGUUUUGAUAGAUCAUGUUAAGCAUGCGUGUUCUUAUGGCUCUAGUUCGGAGUAACU